AUGGGCAUUUUUCAGAGCAAAGUGGUCCGCCAUGGGAAGUCAUAUAUCAUCGUGGGAGCAGGUGCCUUUGGAGCAUCAACAGCACUGCACCUCAUUCGGAAGUAUCCCUCGGCCAAAAUCUACCUUGUAGAUCGAAAACCUUACCCUCCCGAACGGGCCGCAUCUUGGGACUGGAACAAAGUGAUCCGCGCAGACUACACUACACGCGUGUAUAUGAACCUUGCACUGGAGGCCUUGGAGAAGUGGACAGAGGACAAACUAUAUCGGGAAUUCUAUCACCAAAGUGGGCUUGCCUGGGUCGCCGAUUCCGAGUUUUACCAGUCCAUUAUCAACAAUUACCGUCAGUUUCCUGGUUCGAAACAUCAGGUACAACUCCUGAGCACCCAGGAUGUCCGCAAUCUCUGGGGAGGGAUUCACGCCGAUGCUGUGUACCAGGAUGUCAAGGAAGUCUUUUACAACAAGACAGGGGGGUGGGCUGAGGCUGCGAAUGCACUUCGGAAGGUUAUCGACACAGCCGUUCGUGAAGGUGUCAAAUACGUCGAGGCUGAUGUCAAGAAAGUUCUUCUCGACAAGGACGGGUCUGCAAUUGGCGUGAUCACCGAAGAAGGGAGAGCCAUACAUGCAUCACACACUGUUCUAGCCACCGGCGCCAUGACCGCAAACAUUCUCGCCGAUAGCGCACCAACGGAGCCAAAACUUCAAUUGGGAAGCCGGAUGACAGCAGCUGCGAUCUGUUCCGCAAUGGUAAAGCUGGACGAAAGAGAAGCCAGUCUCUUCAAGACAGGUCCGGUGUUCGCAAAUGAUCUGGACACUGUCAUAGGUAUGACAGCCAUUGAGCAGCCCGUUUCUACUUCUUUGCCACCAAACUCCGACAAUCAGCUUAAGGUGUACAGGGAUGAAAGCUUCAGGAAUACAGUUCUCCAUGAGGCAUCUGGGCAAGAGAUAUCAGUGCCGCCAAGCAAGCCUAGCUACGACCAAUGGGAUUUGUCACCAGGGAUGAAGAAAGAGGUCAGGUCAAGCUUUGAGGGCAUCUUUGGGGAAAAGGCUAAGGACUGGGAGCUUUUCAAUUAUCGAAUCUGCUGGUACGUUGAAACUUGGGAUGCCGUCACACCGACCCAAGACCCAAUCAUCUGUGAGCACCCUCAUGCAAAGCAGCUGUUUCUGGUAACAGGUGGUUCAUUUCACGGUUACAAGUUUCUCCCGAUUAUCGGAAAAUACGUUGUCGAGAUGCUUGACGGAACCCUCAAACCUGAACUAGCCAAAAUUUGGGCUUGGGACAAGGAGAACAAUGGGGAGGCCCAUGAAGGCAUGUUUCCAACGCGGGAGAUGGCAGAUGUUUGA